UAUAUUUCAGAGACCAACAGCAAGUUUUCACUGAGAAGGCCAUGGAACUGCUGAGCCCUCUUUCACUACUUUUAGCAACAGUCCAGCUGCACUUUGUUUUCUCUUCCGAUGUGUGCCCAAAUGCAGGAGAUUUAGAAAUUGGCAAUUUAACUUGGAAACUUGAAUGUUGUAUGAGCAACAGAAAACAAUUCACAUUGAAAAUUGUGGCUCAAAAAAUUGACUCAUUGGACUCGAUGUACAGCUCAGAAAUGUGUCCUGGCACCAAUUACAGAGAGCGAAAGUGUUUGAAUUUCUCUCUAGCGGUAGAAAAUGGAAUUAUAAAGGUCUCUGUAAACGAUACAGUUUGUAAGGAAAACUACACUCAGCCUGAAUGCCACCCAAAUGUCACUUUCAACAAUACAGCUGUAAAUCUUCCACAGCAGAAUGGAAAUAUCUGCUUCAAUAUGAAAUCAAAGAAUGGCAUGAAAGUAAAGAUUAAAUUUCAGUGUGCUGAGUACCCUGCUGCUAACAUCAGUCUACACAGCGAAAGUAAAAGUUGGAUUGAUGCCUUGGAGGACUGCCAGAUGGAACAUUUCUCCCUGGUUGAGAUCUGUGAAAAGAAAUUGAAUAGAACGUCGUCCGCCAACUCUGACUUUGACAACCACUGUGGAAAAGUCAUCUUUGAUAAUAAGACAGAAGAAAUCAAGUGGUCCAACGCCAACUGCCAUGAAAAAUUACCAUACAUUUGUCAAAGAAUGAAUGAAAAGCCUUGUACUGAUGAUUAUACAGAGAAGUCAGAGCUUUUCAUUGACAUUGACUGAACUGAUAGCACCAAAGAGAACGAUACGCAGCGUCUCCAAUCAUCAUCAUGUCAAGGUGAGAUUCCUGGAGAAGCGGAUGGAUGACCCAACAACCCCAAUGUGUAUAUAUGCUGUUUGUAUGUAUGUAUGUAUGCUGUAGUGUUGUGUUUCACAGGAAAACUACUUUGGUUACUAUCAUUUGCAAGCUUUGUUAAAUUACCAGUUCACGCACCACUUCUCAGAAGUACCUGUAUUUGUCAAAGAUGCUUCUAUGUAAAGACUCGAUGUAUUAUUUUUGUCAUUAAAAACCUAAAUAUCUGGCUAAUUUAACCGAGCGGUUAUAA